AACAGAGGUGAAGGAAGAGAUGCAGAAAAGAGAUAUCGGCAAGCACGGCGGAGGAUCCGCUCCUCCGGCGGCCAAGAGAGGCCGUCCAUUCGGCAGCGGAAGUGGCCACGGCUCAACGGCCGCUGCAUCUGCAGCAGCUGAUUCAGUAGCUCCCACUACUCUCCUCGGUCCCUCUCUUCAAGUUCACUCCGCUUUCGCUGAGCAGAAUAAUAAAAGAAUUGUUCUAGCUCUCCAAAGUGGCCUGAAGAGUGAGCUGACGUGGGCAUUGAAUACUCUCACUUUACUAUCAUUUAAAGAAAAAGAUGAAGUUCGCAAAGAUGCUACACCUCUUGCCAAGAUUCCGGGGUUGCUUGAUGCUUUACUUCAAGUUAUAGAUGACUGGCGUAAUAUAGCCCUACCAAGGGUGAUGGUGAAAACACCAAGGGUGAGGGUUUUGGGUUCGAAUGUGGCUGUUACUGGAUUUGGUAAUGAAUAUGAGGCCUUGAGCUCCAACAAUUCAGUUCCCCAUCCAAGCUCAGGAUCAGGGUCUUCCAACAAAGAGGCAUCUGAUCAAAAGCUUACUGCCAAAGCUCAUCCUUCUGGUUGGUGGUUUGGAGAAGAUGGCUUGUUUAAUUUGGAUGAGGAAGGGCGAGCUGAAAAGCAACUUUGUGCUGUCGCUGCUUCUAAUAUCAUCCGCAACUUCUCUUUCAUGCCUGAUAAUGAAGUGAUCAUGGCUCAACAUCGACAUUGCUUGGAAACCCUAUUUAUGUGUCUGGAGGAUUAUGUUACAGAGGAUGAGGAGCUUGUAACAAAUGCCCUUGAGACAAUGGUAAAUUUGGCUCACUUGCUAGAUCUUCGAAUCUUUACUUCAUCAAAGCCUACUUUCCACCCGAUGACGGAAAAACGUGCUGUGCUUGCUAUCAGGGGAUUGCUGGGAUCUGCUGUCAAGGCCUGGCAUUGUGCUGCUUCAGAAUUAAUUGGCCGUCUGAUAAUAAAUCCUGAUAAUGAACCCUUCCUUCUUCCUUUUGCUGCACAGAUAUAUAAACGAUUAGUUGAUAUUAUGGGCUUACCAACGCCCGAAGCCCAAGCGGCUGCUGUCGGUGCAUUGUACAACCUAACAGAAGUCAAUAUGGACUGCCGACAGAAGCUUGCUAGUGAAAGAUGGGCAAUAGAUCGCUUAUUGAAAGUGAUUAAGUCGCCGCAUCCUGUGCCAGAAAUUUGCCGGAAAGCAGCAUUGGUUUUGGAGAGCCUUGUGUCAGAGCCACAGAACAAAACUCUUCUGCUAGUGUAUGAAAACGCAUUCGCAGAGAUGCUUUUUGGUGAAUCAAAGUACUCCGAUAUAUUUGCAAGGAUAUUGUAUGAACUAACCUCCCGUCCAAGCAAUAAAAUGGCACCACCUCGCGGGAUUUGGGGCAUGUAAGUACAAAUGCGCCUUGCCUUGACAGCCCUGCUAAUUAUACAUCACUUAACAUGCCUGCUUAUUCUUAAACUGUGCAUUGUGACAUCUCUUAGGUCUUUGGCUUUUACCUUGGUAGUGUGAACAUGUGUCAGUGCUGACCAGUAUGGCUUUCCUUGUACCAUUUGUUUACAGUUAAUUGUAGCAUUAAUUUACUGUUAAAAGCCAAGUGUCUGCAAGUUUUUGUAUUAUUAGAAAUAUGGGGCUUCAUUGUUGUAUUACACCUUUUUUUUCCCUUCUGAACAGAGAUAUCAUUCAUUGAAAAUCAAUUCAUUGGACACUGUAGUAGUUACAAUUGAA